CCUCAGCAGUGGGCUGGAUUGUAAGGGUGGGAUUUCCAGGCUUUCACAGGCUCUGUGUAUUACUGCCUCUGUCUCAGGAUCUAUGCAGCUUCAGCGAUAGCGAGCACGGACUGCGUGUACCUUUCACGGCCAUAGAGAGGCACAUUCACACACCACACUGGAGCUCCCUUUUCUUCUUCUUCUCUACAUGCGACUCCAAUCGGAAUAAAUAAUUAAGGAAUGUGGAAAUUACAGAAUGCCCAACAGCGUUGGAAAGAGAUUUAAACCCACCAAAUACAUCCCAGUGUCCACUGCUGCCACACUCCUGGUGGGAUCGACCACUUUAUUUUUCGUUUUCACGUGCCCCUGGUUGACUAAAGUGAUCUCGCCCGCUGUGCCUCUCUACAAUGGACUGGUCUUCCUCUUCGUCUUGGCCAACUUCAGUAUGGCAACCUUCAUGGACCCUGGCGUUUACCCCAGAGCGGACGAGGACGAGGAUAAGGAGGAUGAUUUCCGGGCACCGCUCUACAAGAACGUGGAGAUCAAGGGCAUUCAGGUCCGGAUGAAGUGGUGCGCCACCUGUCACUUCUACAGGCCGCCUCGCUGCUCGCACUGCAGCGUCUGUGACAACUGUGUGGAGGACUUUGACCAUCACUGCCCCUGGGUGAACAACUGCAUUGGACGGAGAAACUACCGCUACUUCUUCCUCUUCCUGCUGUCGCUGAGCGCUCACAUGGUGGGAGUGUUCUGUUUUGGCCUCAUCUUUGUCCUUGAUCACAGAGAAACGCUGGGAGCGCUGCACACCACUGUCACUUUGGUAGUGAUGUGCAUAGCCGGUCUUUUCUUUAUUCCAGUCAUGGGACUCACAGGUUUUCACAUGGUGCUCGUAGCUCGAGGUCGAACAACCAACGAACAGGUGACGGGCAAGUUUCGUGGAGGAGUAAAUCCUUUCACCAAGGGUUGCUGUGGCAACGUGGAGUACGUUUUAUGUAGUCCCCUAGCACCCAGGUACAUGCUGGACCCCAGGAAGAAGCCACACGUCAAAGUUCAGCCCCCGUUCAUCAGACCAGAUCUCUCAGAAAGGCAAAUCACCAUCAAAGUCACCGACAACGGUAUUCAUAGCACCAUCAUCAGCUCCAAGUCCAAAAGCAGCCUCGAUGGUUUAGAUGACAAGGAUACCCAGCCGCCGCUGCCACCCAAAGCUGAUAGGUACAACCAGCUUAAAAGCCAGAUGACCUCCAGUGAAGAGACUUCCCUGUCUGGUAAGACCCACCCAUCCACUCCAGCCAUGUACAAAUUCAGGCCAACCUUUGGCACCAUGCCCAAAGUCCACUACCACACUACAGAGGAGAAGAUUGUCAUAUCUGAUGACCGGAAGCCCUCGGCCAUCCUGGAAGAAGGUGUCCGUGGUCAUGACUAUCGAUCUGAGCCGAACCUGGACCUGCCUGAAUAUGCUAAUGCUCCCCUCCACCGCACGUUUCAGUCCUCGCCCCUCCAGCUGGAUUCAGACCCCAUCAACUCCCGCUCUCUCAGCCUCAAGCAGGGUCAUGGCCGACCGGAGAAGGGCCAGCUCCCAGCACUGGAGCCACGGACAGUCACUUCAACCCCCUACAAGAGUGUCUUCUCUCCCAAUAAUCUCUCCAACCGCAAUGGUAGUCUAUCCUAUGACAGCCUGCUCAACCCUAGCAUUUCCCCAGCUACUCCCAGUGAGUCCAUGGCCCACCGUGGUGUUCCCUCUGUGGGGUUCCACUCACCCUACCUGCCCACCAAAAUGUGCCACAUCCGGGAACCUGAUAUGCAGAGACAACAGGUCCCCCCUACCUACAGCCCAGUGAUGCCCCCCAGAGUGGUGGGCAGACAGUCCCCUCACCUGAGGGACAGAGACCCGUCUCCGGUGCGCUACGACAACCUCUCCCAGACCAUCAUGGCAUCCAUCCAGGAGCGAAAGGAGAAGGAGGAGAGGGAGAGGCGGCAGAUGCAUCACGGGCGCUCCCAGACCCAUAUCUAUGCCCAGGACUCUGGUGUGUUUGAUGGGGGCUAUGGCCUGCCUGCCAAUGCUUGCUACCCAGAUGGGCCUCGUGGCCCCGGGUCAAGAGGCCCAACACCUCCAGCCUAUGGAGGCUCCAGGGACAACCUAAUGGGGAUUGGACUGAUGAGCUAUGGUCAAAGAACCCCAGUGCUGCGUCAUGCUGGCUCUACACUGGGCCGUGCACCUAGGACGUCGUCCACCUCCCUGCACACAGAUCAAAGCAGCAUCAACAGCAGCCAGAGCAGAACCACAGGCCCAGAAGGCCCCUAUCGCUCCCCGGCCCACCAGCCCCAUUCCCCCGCUAUGCCCCGUUCCCCUUCUUACUCCCGCCAGAAACUCUCCUACAUCAGUGCACACGAGAGGACAGACUCCCCUCGUCUAGGGGGCCCAAGAGAGGCCAUGAAAGUUAAUGGGCAGAUGGACUGCCACCCGAGUGCCCAGGGUGCCGCCCUCAGUCCCAGUCGCCACAGUAACGUCAAAAAGGUGACAGGCGUAGGAGGCACCACGUAUGAGAUAUCAGUGUGAGCAGGGACACCACAUCCACCAAUGACCCACAGUGGACGCUCUGCCACAGAGAUUCUUCUCUGUUAUUUUAAUAAGAUAACAGGCAGUGAGGGGUGCAUAGUACCCCCCCCUGUUUACUCUUCAAAAUCAGAGGAUCUCUUUGCUCUUUUGAGGGUCUUGUUUAGCUAUAUGCCCGUGUGUGUUUGUGCCAGAGGGGUGGGUUGUCGGUUGUUAACGUUGCAGUGUUUGUCCUUAAUAUUUUGUAGUCCAUCGUCGUGGACCGUCCAGCGAGAUCGUCAAUGUUUUUACCGUCGUCUCUCAUCUGUGUUUAUGAAGCGCUUGUUGUUCCAAAUGUUACACGCAAACUUUCGCUCCAGCGAACGCUGAGGGCUGAACAGAAACACUACAGAUCGAUUAAACACUUGACUUGCUACGGAUUUCUGCAAGAAGACUCUUUUCAGCUGACCUCAAAAAGUCAAGGUGCUUCACAUUAACUUGUACUGUUCAUGCCAUGUCUGGUGGAGAUGUGAUGGAGGUUUAUGUGGAGACGAUAUGUGCAAGGGCAGUAAAAAAAAAAAGCAACACAAGUCAGAUGAGAAACUGGAGAUGGUGACAAGGAAAGAGCUCUGCAGAACAGGAGCGGGUGUUCCUCAACCCUGACAUGGUUAUUUGAUUGGGCAAAGACUGUAUAUAAAAGAUGUUCCACAAUACAAUGACAUCACCCAUUUGUUUGGAGAUUCCUGUUUUGAAGGACUAACUUUAGGAUUUAGCUGAGUUUUUUUCUCUUUUUAAACACAUUUGAAACGGAGGGCACAGCUGAUCAGUUAACAUUAGUUAGCAUCUUCGAUCAGCGGAUUGCAUCUGUUUUAUACUGUGACAUCAACUGGAUGCUAAUUUUAGCCUGUGAAAAUCAGGCUUAAAACAAACUGCACUUACUGCAAAAAUCAAACAGAACAGCUGACUCAUUAGUUGUCCGACUAGCACUGGUUUAGUAUGCUAGAGAAAGUGAAGGGUGGAACAGAGGGCACUGCACAUCCCAGUGUAUCCCCUGCCUGACCGUCUCCUUUUGUCAUAAAUGGGACCAUGUUUUACUAAAUUAACACCAUGGAGUAUUAAAAAAACCGACAUAAAAACAACUUGAUCCUAGCUACUGAUACCAUGAUCUCAUUUGGAAGAUGCAUUAGAAAUCAAGUGAGAUUUAGGAUUA